AUGAGAUUCGUGCUAGGUAGUGCUGGUAUGGAACUAUGUAAGUGGCAGUCCAAUAGCAAAGUGCUAGUAAAUGCUUUCCAAUCAAAAGAACCGAAUACAUUGUUGCUGUCCGAUAAUGCGGAUACAUCGGUGCUAGGCUUGAAGUGGCAUACUGAUAGCGACGAAUUUACAUUUGUGGUGAAGACGCCAGAGGUACCUGUGGUGAUUAGCAAGCGAAUUGUUCUAAGUUGUGUUGCACAACUUUAUGAUCCAAAUGGUUAUAUAACACCAGUUACAUUUAUUGGAAAAAUAAUAGUGCAAGAUUUGUGGAGACUGAGCAUGGGAUGGGACGAGCAGGUUCCUCAGAGCAUUAAAGAUAGAUGGCUAGAAUUCUGGAAAGAUAUUUCGGAGCUAGAAAGAUUCAAGUUACCUCGAUAUAUUCGUGUAUCAAACGAUGCAACUAUUCAGUUGCAUGGAUUUGCGGAUGCAUCUGAGAAAGGCUUCGGGGCAGUGAUUUAUGUGCGAGUUGUGUCCAGUCUGGGAAUGAUAAGUUCUGAGUUGCUAAUUUCCAAGGCUAGGGUUGCGCCAUUGAAGACAAUAACAAUUCCUAAACUUGAGCUUGCUGCUGCUGAGCUUUUAGGUAGGUUAUACUUGAGCGUUGUACGGAGCAUGGAAUGGCAGGCAGUAGACUAUGUGAUGUGGUCGGAUUCAACCAUAGUCCUGCAUUGGCUACGGAAAUUGCCGUGCCAGAUGAAGGUCUAUGUAGCAAAUAGGGUGGCGUCUAUUCAGGCGAAUACUGACAUCAAUAAAUGGCGACAUGUGAAAACAAGUGAUAAUCCAGCUGAUCUUCUUACUAGGGGUAUGAGCGCUAGUGGAAUUGUGGGCCAUCAAUUAUGGUUGCAUGGUCCCAGUUGGCUUAGGCAACCAAGCAAGGAAUGGCCAAAAGGUGGUUUUGGGUAUGAGCAUAUACCUGAAGGAACCUUGCCGGAGCUGAAAGUGCAUAUUGCAGUUGAAGCAACUCCAACAUGGAGCAUUAAGAGCAAUGGUAAUGCGGAAAGUGUUCCGCUGGUACAAUGUGCUAGUUCAUUGGACAGAUUAAUUGGGAUCAUGUCGCAAGUGCUAAGAUUUGUGCGUCUGUUGAGAGCAAAGGGUAAUCGACAGCUUCGAAAGUCAAGCCGUGGAGACUUUCAUAUUCCGGUGCCUACUGCUGAAGAAAGGUCUAGGGCUUUAGAGCUGAUGAUUAAAGAAACGCAAGAGCUGGAAUAUCUAAGGGAGAUUCGUGCCUUGUCCAGGGACACACCGAUGCCUGAAGGAAGCAAAAUUGAAUCACUAAAGCCAACGUUAGACAGAAAUGGCCUUCUGCGCGUAGGUGGUAGAAUCGGAAGAGCAGAAUGUGAUUAUGAAAUGAAGCAUCCGGUAAUUAUUCCAUCUGGUUCCAGCUUGAGUCAGCUGAUUAUAAGUAAAGCGCAUCAGGCCACUAAACAUGGUGGCGCUCAGGUGAUGAUGCAAUACAUUCGACAGCGUUUUUGGAUACCGCGCUUACGAAGUGAGCUUAGGAAAUUCACGCAUAAGUGCGUCACAUGUGCUAGAUAUGCCAAAAGGUUAAGUGAGCAGCUGAUGGCUGACUUGCCAGCGGAUCGGUUGCAAGUCGGGAAACCAUUUCUACACUCAGGUGUGGAUUAUGCGGGACCUUUUGAAAUCGGACAGCUAGAUAAAAAUGGGCGUUGCGUAGUAAAACGGAAGAGCUGGGUAGCCAUAUUUGUGUGCCUGAAAACAAAAACUGUGCAUACUGAUAUGGUCACUGAUCUGAGUGCUAGAGCCUUUAUAGCUUGUUAUGAGCGAUUCAUUGCAAGGCGCGGGAGAUGUGAGAGAAUGUACAGCGACAAUGGGACAUCAUUUGUUGGUGCUUCAAAGGAUAUCGCUAGAGCUUAUGAGCGCUGGAGAGCUAGUGAUAUGUUUUCUGAGCUAGUGCUGAAGGGGACUGAAUGGCAUUUUAUGACCCCAGCUGCACCACAUCAAGGUGGUAUUUACGAGGCGGCCGUAAAGUCAAUGAAGCAUCAUUUAACGCGUGUUAUAGGGCAAAAGUGCCUGGAAUAUGAGCAAUUUCUAACGCUUCUAGCACAGAUAGAAGCAAUUUUGAAUUCGCGCCCGCUAUACCCAUUGAGCGAUGAUCCUUUGGAUGUGCAAGCCCUAACGCCGGGCCAUUUUCUGGUGGGUGAACCUCUGGUUCUCCCUCCUCCAUUCGAUAUAGCGCCACAACCAGGCACCAAAGGGCGGAAGCUAUGGCAAGAAAGACAGACCAUGGUAACUCAUAUAUGGCAACGUUGGCGAAAUGAGUAUCUUACAACCUUGCUGGAGAGGAAGAAGUGGCGCAAGGAGCAAGAAAGCCUAAAGAUCGGCCAGCUAGUCAUCAUCAAGAGUGAAAACUUUCCACCAUCCGCUUGGGCUUUAGGAAGAGUUAGUGAGCUGAUAAUGAGCAAAGAUGGGCUAGUGCGCAACGUGGUUGUGCGAACAGCUACUAACGAGCUAGCUCGGCCAGUACAGAAGAUUUGCGUCUUACCGGUCGAUACGAGUGCUAAUACUGAAUAA